AGAGAAAGGAGGGGGAGGGUGACCCAGAUCAAGCAGAGUAGGGGAGAGGGUGAAAUUCAAAACAGAGGCAAUCCUCUUCAAUUCCCCUAUUUUUCUCCACCAAAUCCCACAAAAUUAAUCAACCACUUCUAAUUUUAUAUCAUUACAUAAAUAUUAGAAUUUGUGAAGUUUUUGAUCAUAUUCUUGCAUCCGAUCCAUUUCCUCUGUUUUUUCUCUUUAGAAUCCAGUUAUUGUUUGUCUGGUUCAAGAAAAUAUCAAAAUUUUGACAUGUUUGCCCAAAAAUCUAAUAACAUCCCAACAAACCCUUAAAACCCAAACACCCAUGAAAAAAACAUGAACAAUUUUUGAAAAAAAGAAAAAGUAGAAGAACAAUUGAACCAACUAUAAGGUUAAUUGAACCAACGAAAUAUACCAAUUUCAAGACUUCCAGUUUAGUUGUGAAUGUGUGUGUAGAUUUGAAAAACCAAAAAAAAUGAAAUAGGAAGGGAGCAAAAGAGCUCACGCUUUGCUAGUGGUUUCGAUGUCAUGCUUUGCCGGUGGUGUCGCUGGGUGGGUUGUGCAGAGCGGGGUGGAGCUUGAACAAAAAGCCAGCAUCCUGCAUGAGGAUAUAACAAAACAUUGGCUUGUGAGAGAAAUUGCUUUGUUACAAAACCUCAUUGAUCGAGCCAAUGAGAAGGGAUGGCGGAGAGAAUAUCCUUUGGAUGAUGUCUCAAUGUUAUUUAUCUCGAAUGGAAGUGUUGUAGCUAGUGAAAGCGUACUGUCUCCUUUCAAAGGAAUGCAAACAAAAGGAAAAACUCCAUCUGAACAGUCAAGACUGUUGCUGGAGAUUCCAAAGGUAAUCGCGGAGGAAUUGGAGCCAAAAGCUACACCACAAGAUCCUUUGGGAGAUGAAAAACAUGGAAAUAGUUGUUCCCCAAAACCAAUUAUUAAGGGGGCUUCAGAGAUCCCUGCUUAUGAUUCAGAAGUAAACCUGACUUUGUCAACCCAGAACUCUGGUAGUACAGAUGCUGCAGGGUUGAAAGAUGCUUUUGUCCCAUCUCUAGUUGUUUUCAGUGAUUCAUCUGUUGGAAGAGAAGGGAAGAGAGAUAUCAAUGGAGUCCCAUUCAGUCAACAGCCAGGUGAAAAUGCCAUGUAUCUGAUUCUUGAUAGUCAGUGCUCAUUGAUAUUUGAUAAAUUUGAUGCAGGAGAUCAAUCUGCUGGUUUUUCCCCUGCCACUAUGAUCAGGAAUGGAAGUAGUGGAGGGAUGCAGGUUGGGAAUUGGGAAGAGAACAAUAGAUCUCAAGGAAUGGCAGAAAAGCAGUUAACGGCCACUCAGGUUGUCGAACUGAGCGAUGACGAAAACGAAGCUGAAGGUCCAGGCGGUCAAAACCAGAUUGUUGAUUGCCACCCAGAAAGCUUGAUAUGGUAUUAUGCUGAUCCCCAAGGAGACAAACAGGGCCCAUUCUCAAUGUCCUCAAUAAAAAGAUGGAGUGAUGCUAACUAUUUUCACCCAGGCUUCAAGGUUUGGAAGACAGAACUUGUGGAUUGCAAUUACCAGAAGAGUGUGAAGAAGAGGAAGAAUUGGAAGAGAACGAACCAACGGGAAGUUGUUCCACCGGGUGUUGUGAGGCAUGUAAGUUCUCUCUUUGCAUGCGCGGAUCAGACUGUAUAUAUGUGAAAUCCUGUAGCGGCCAUGGAUUGGAUCAAAAUAGUCGAGUAAUUGGUGAAAUAUAUUUGAA